AUGUCAUUUAUGAACAGCGAGGAGAUGACAGCAGGGAGCAUUAGCGGGUCACCUGCCGAGAGAAAAUGGCAUGCAGCAAGGUCAAGAUGGUGGAACUCUACUGGGGGCGGCUCAGCCUCCAAACCCGUUCCCGGCGUCCAGCCGACUACAAGGGGGAUCAACAACAUUAAAGCAGGGGACGGCGGGAUCAAAUUCCGGUUAGAAUUCCCUGACGAGGACAAGGAAAAUUGGGUUUGGAUAAAAGAGCACCGCAUUGAUCCAGCUACUGGUCGGAUGCUUCCCGACGAAGAGGGCGAAGAGAUCAAUUGCUCGCCGGAGACGAGAGCCUUGCGACGGAUCCUGGGAGGGAGCACCGGUGUCGGAGUCGUGGUCCAAGGUGGCCAGGCUGCGAGGGAUGCGGGUCAAGGUUGGGUCUGGAGAAACAAGAUGUGGAUCAUAGCGGGCGGUAUUGUCGUAUAUUUCAUGCUAGCAAGGAUUUUCGGAGAAGAGGAAGGUGUUCUGUGA